CCCUCCCCUCCCACGCGAUCAGCGCACCGGCAGCCCGCUGACCCAGCAGCCCGCGCCCGCGCCCUUGUCCGCGCGAGCCGGCGGCGGGCUCCAGUCAGCCGGCGACAUGAGCGGCGGCGGCGGCGACGACGUGGUGUGCACCGGCUGGCUGAGGAAGUCGCCCCCCGAGAAGAAGUUGAGUCGCUCUGCCUGGAAGAAACGCUGGUUUAUACUGCGGAGCGGCCGGGUGAGUGGCGACCCAGGUGUUCUGGAAUAUUACAAGAACGAGCACUCCAAGAAACCCCUGCGGAUCAUCAACCUGAACUUGUGUGAGCAGGUGGAUGCAGGCCUGACCUUCAACAAGAAAGAGCUGCAGGACAGUUUUGUGUUCGAUAUCAAGACCAGUGAGCGCACUUUUUCCCUGGUGGCUGAGACAGAGGCCGACAUGAAUAAGUGGGUCCAGAGCAUCUGCCACAUCUGCGUCUUCAAUCAGGCUGAGGAGAGCACAGGUAUGAGAGCAAGUACAGCUCUUUCCCAAGAGGACUCUACUGAGACCUCGGGUUCCUCUAGCUAGGAAAGCUGGCCCUAGUUAAGAUUGCUUUUUUGGCACAAGUGAUUGGCAAAUGGGGAGAGUAUAACAGAGUUGGCCUGAUAUAGAGGGACCUCCUGGUUCUAAUACUGCUCAAAUGGAGAAUCAAGAAAGGUGAGGGUCACGAUGAUACUAAUGAUGUUUCAGGUGCCUUGAUGCUUCCAGCAUUUGUCGCCUCACAACCAUUUCUCCCACUCCCUGUUUAACACACCUUGCCACCUGUCAGCCAUGCCAUAGGAAAGAUCUCCCUUGGAUCACACCUCUGGUCCAUUUCUGUCUGUUCUGUUCCAUCUAUUUCAGAUCAUCUUACAGUUUGCUUGCUUGUUUCUUAGGCAUCCUUUGUGGUUAUUGAUACAUAGUCUCAUGUUCCUUUAUAUCCACUUGAGGACAGAUAAAAGGAUGAAAUGCUGAAUUUAUGUUUGAGUUUUGAUAGCCCUUUGUUAAAAAGUACCUCAACUUGUGUAUCUAUGUUUUAUGUGUGGGAGGAGUUUGAAUACAUAUCCAUGCACAUUUAGCAGCCAAAGGAACAUUGGGUAUCUUCUUCUAUCACCCUCUGCCUUAUUCAUUAAUAUGUA